CCACCAUCCACAUCCUUUGUUGAGUCUUAUUGGAUAGCAGGUUCUACAAACCACUCUAAGAUGUCCUUUAACGAGCAACAGUGCAAGCAGCCAUGCACUCUUCCUCCGUGUCUUCAAAAGACCCAAGAGCCAUGCCAGGCAAAGGCUGAGGAGGUGUGCCUCCCCGCAAGCCAGGACCUCUGCCAGGACAAAUGCCUGCUGCAAGCCCAGGAGGUGUGUCUUACUCAGUGCCAAGAGCUAACCCAAGAGAGCUGCCCACUGCAAAGUCAAGAUCCGUGCCUACCUCCAUGCCAAGACCAAUGCCCACCUCCAUGUGUGGAGCCAUGCCAGGAGCUAUCCCAGUCAAAAUGUGUGGAAGCUUGCCCACAGAAAGUGCAGGAGAAGUGCUCACCACCCAGCAAAGGAAAGUAG